AUGACUCUCUUUGACUGUGUAUACGGCAUGAACCCCUUCACCCCUUUAGAACUUACCUCUUUGUCUAGUGAUAUUGUGUUGAGACUAGAUAGAAACAAAAGGGCAGAAUCUAUGAAAAAGUUGCAUGAGAAAGUGAGAAACCAACUAGAGAAAAAUAAUCAAGAAGUUGCUAAGAGAGCCAACAAGGGAAGAAGGAGACUUGUGCUAGAACCAAGUAAUUGGGUGUGGGUGCACCUAAGGAAGAAGCGGUUUCCAACACAAACAAAAGCUAAUCUAAUGCCGAGGGGUAAUGAUCCUUUCCAAGUGCUUGAAAGGAUCAAUGAUAAUGCAUACAAGAUUGACCUUCCACCUAAGUACCAAGUACACAACACUUUCGAUGUGUGUGACCUCUCACCUGUGGACACAAUUAAAGUUGAAGAACCUGUGAAUUUGAGGCCAAAUUCCUUUCAAGAUGGAGAGGAUGAUACGGGUGCCAAGAGCUCAAGUUCUUUCACAAGGAGUCAAUCUAGAGAAUUACAAAGUCUACAAGCCAUGUUCAUGAAGAUGAAUUCUUGUGAGUGUGUCAUGAAUUCAUCCAAAGGAGUGCAUAAGCUUAAGUGUGAAGAGGGACCUUGA